AUGGCCGCCGCAGGCGCCCACGUCCACUGCGGCCCCUACGAUGCCAUCGCGGACACGGCGUCCCCGGGCCUUCUCUUCCUGCGCCGCCUGCUGCCGGCCCUCGACUCCCUCGGCCCCUUUGACGACGACGCCCGCCACCACCGCGACGCCGGCGCCGGCCCGCAGCAGGAGCAGAAGCAGCCGCCCUCUGACCUCAUCGACCUCCUCGCCCCAGGCGCCACCUUUGUCAUGAACGGCGGCCCAGCGCUGCCCGCCGUGGACGUCCUCCAGAUGCUGCCCAAGCGCGCCGCGCGCCUCACCCGCUUCCACCACGACGUCCGCAUGGCCUGGGACGUCGCCGCCCGCGACGGCUCCGGCCGCCGUACCGUCAUGUACGAGUCCAGCAGCCUCUCGACCUUUCGCGCCGACCCCGAGGCCGUCGAGGUCCGCGUCGCCGAGUUCAACGUCGUCGAGCUCGUCCCUGUCGUCGCCGACGAGGACACCGGUCGCACGGAACUCAGGGCCCUCCAGCUGCGCGCGUUUCUCGACGGCGGGCCGGUGACGUCAAGGGCACAGAUGAUUGCGGUCGAGGAGGAGGAUCGAGAUUCGAGAUGA